AUGUCAAAAGAUACCAAAAAAGAUUUAAAUUACUAUAUAAACUGGUUAGAGAGAUCAAUUGAUGAUGAAAACAUCAAACUAUAUGAAUAUUCAGACUUCAAAAAUAUUCAACCGAUAGGAAGUGGUUCGUACGGGAUUGUUUAUCGUGUUAAUUGGAAAAGCUCUAAUCGUUUUUUCGCCUUGAAAUCUUUUAUUAAUAAUAACGAUAAACAAACUCUCAGAGAAGUUAUAAAAGAGUUAAAAUUACACCGAAGUGUUGAUUAUCAUGAAAAUAUAAUACGGUUAUAUGGAAUCACAAAGGUAGAACUCGACGCAACCCAAAAGUACUCUUUUGUAAUGGAAUACGCUAAUAACGGCACAUUAAAUACGUAUUUAAACGAGCAUUUUAGUGAACUCGAUUGGACGGACAAAUAUCAAUUAGCGUCGCAACUGGCUAGUGCUGUAGAAUUUUUACAUGAAGAAGAUAUUAUUCAUCGUGAUUUGCAUGGAAAUAAUAUACUCAUACAUCAAAAAAGUAUUAAAUUAGCAGACUUCGGUUUGUCAAAAAAAAUUGUUGAAGCGUCGUCAAGCGAUGCGUCAAAAAUUCUUGGUGCAAUACCUUAUAUAGAUCCGAAAAAGUUUAACGAUCAAAACUAUGAAUUAAAAAAAAAUUCUGAUGUGUAUAGCAUUGGAGUUUUAUUGUGGCAAAUAUCAAGUGGGUAUAAGCCUUUUUAUAAAGUUGAUCAUGGUGCAAAUUUAAUUUUAUCUAUAUUAAAUGGUAAACGAGAAGAAAUUAUUGAUGGAACAUCUGAUAAAUAUAGUAACUUAUAUACGGAAUGCUGGAGAGAUGAACCGAAUAAACGCCCAAAUAUACAGGAAAUUGUUUCAACUCUUGAAUCAUUAAUCUCUCAUGUUGAAAUAGGUACAAUAAUUAAUCAUAUUUAUGAAAAAAAAGAAAUCCAUUCAAUGGAAUAUGAAAUAAAUCCGGAAUUUACUAAAGAAACUAUAUAUUUAUAUAAUGAAUUAAUAUCAAAUGAUGAACUAAAUAUAUCAUCUGAUUCAAACAAGGAAAUCAAAGAUUCAAUUAAUGAAAUAAUAAUAUCAAAAGAUGAAUCAAAUAUUAUAACAGAAUAUGAAAAUAGAACGGUUUCGAGUCAAAAAUAUGAAAAUCCAUCAAAUGCAAGUGUAACAGAACAAGUACGGUGUACCGUUUGA